UACGGCGGAGGCUCUCCUCCCCUUCAUCAUAGGAGCAGCGGUUUCGAUGACAUGGGCGAUUCUAGAUCUCAGCAUGAUUCUCGUGACUGUGAAAGAGGGUCCUCAAAGAGCAGAGACAGGGAAAGGGAUCGUGAUAGAGACAGAGACCGUGACAAAGAUAGGGACCGAGACAGGGAUAGAGAUCGUGAUCGUCAUCACAGGGAUCAUAGAGACAGGGAAAGAAGUGAUAGGAGGGAUCGUCAUCGCAGCCGAGAUGAUGAUCUUGAGCGUCACCAUAGUCGAGAGCGUGACAGGCAUAGGGAUUAUGAUAGAGAUAGAGAAAGCCGGCACAGGCAUAGAUCUCGAUCUCGGUCAAAAGCUAGAUCUAGUCAUAGAUCAAGAUCUCGCUCUCGGUCAAGGUCAAAGAGUAAAAGAAUCAGUGGCUUUGACAUGGCUCCUCCUGCAUCCGCGCUGAUGCCUGGUGUCACAGUUCCAGGCCAGGUAACUGGUGCAGCACCUGCUGUGCCUGGAAUGUUCCCAAACAUGCUCAAUAAUAUGACACCUGGGCAGUUCCCAGCUAUUUCUUUAAUGCCAGUGCAGGCAAUGACUCAGCAGGCAACUCGCCAUGCACGACGUGUGUAUGUAGGUGGCCUUUCUCCUACUGCUAAUGAGCAGUCGGUUGCAACAUUUUUUAGCCAUGUUAUGUCUGCGAUUGGAGGAAACACAGCUGGUCCAGGUGAUGCUGUUGUUAAUGUAUAUAUAAACCACGAAAAGAAGUUUGCUUUUGUGGAAAUGAGGUCCGUUGAAGAGGCAAGCAAUGCAAUGGCCUUGGAUGGAAUCAUAUUUGAGGGGGCACCGGUAAAAGUUAGAAGACCAAGUGACUACAACCCUUCUCUGGCUGCUGCACUUGGCCCAAGCCAGCCAAAUCCGAAUCUCAAUCUUGCAGCUGUUGGACUGACGCCUGGUUCUGCUGGUGGGUUAGAGGGGCCUGAUCGUAUUUUUGUAGGAGGGCUUCCAUACUAUUUUACUGAAGCACAAGUAAGGGAGUUGCUUGAGUCUUUUGGGCCACUAAGAGGUUUUGAUCUUGUCAAGGACCGUGAAACUGGAAACUCAAAAGGCUAUGCCUUCUGUGUAUACCAAGAUCUCUCCGUCACAGAUAUUGCAUGUGCAGCUCUUAAUGGCAUUAAGAUGGGAGAUAAAACACUUACUGUUAGGCGUGCAAACCAGGGUGCCGUGCAGCCUAGACCAGAACAAGAAAGUGUAUUAUUACAUGCACAACAACAGGUGGCAUUGCAGAAAAUGGUGUAUCAAGCAGGUAGUCUUCCGACAAAAGUGGUGUGCUUAACAGAGGUGGUUAAUCCAGACGAAUUGAAAGAUGAUGAGGAAUAUGAAGACAUUUUGGAGGACAUGAGGGGAGAGGGUGGGAAAUACGGUAAAUUGGUGAAUGUAGUAAUUCCUCGUCCAGACCCAAAUGGGGAGUUUGCUCCUGGAGUUGGAAAGGUGUUCUUGGAAUAUGCGGAUACUGAUGGAUCUACUAAGGCUAAGGUAGGGUUGAACGGGAGGAAAUUUGGCGGUAAUCAAGUGGUGGCUGUAUUCUACCCGGAGAAUAAGUUUGCUCAAGGGGAAUAUGAUGGAUGAUAGGCUUAGUAUUCACUGAGUUGAGCGUGCUUUCAGAUCUGUAGUUAAAAUGGUUGUGGCAAUUGGUCGCCGACUUUUUGGCAGUCAUCAGAUUAUACUUUCAUUGACCCGUGGACAAUUCUGAAACUGUUCCAUGUCUUGUUCAACUAUGUCAUGUGUACUGUUUGGUUAAGCUGCAAUUUGUUCCUACUCUUCGUGCAUCAAUUCCUGGAGAAUGUGGACUGCUACUAUGGUAUUAAACAGGUUGCAUGUAUAAAUGUAAAGCUGUUUGGAGGUAAUGUUAUGCUUCUUUGACUGCUACUAUGUCCAAUGGUUUUGAAUCA